GCCAAAAAUUUCUUAUUUUUUCUUCUUUUCUUUUCCCUUUCUGAAACUUAAACAAAAUUAUAUGGAAAAUCAAAAACCGCUACGGAAUGGGAACAAUGUUGACGGUGGCUUAUUAACCUCCGUCGAUGACCUCCGCCGUGAAGGGGAUGGAUCGGCCUUAAUCUUCCUCGGAACCGGCUGCUCCAGCGCCGUCCCUAACGCAAUGUGCCUCCUACAGCCAUCCGAUCCUCCUUGUCACGUUUGCUCUCAAUCCCUCUCUAUCCCUCCUGAGCGCAACCCUAAUUACAGGUGUAAUACAUCUUUGCUUAUAGAUUAUUGUUCGACAAAUGGUAUUCAUAAUUAUAUUAUAAUUGAUGUUGGGAAGACAUUUAAGGAGCAAGUUCUUCGAUGGUUUACAUUCCACAAGAUUCCUCGGAUCGAUUCGAUUGUUUUGACUCAUGAACAUGCUGAUGCAGUUCUUGGUUUGGAUGAUGUACGUGUUGUACAACCUCAUAGUCCUACAAACGAUAUUGAUCCCACUGAGGUUUACCUAACUCAAUAUGCCAUGGAUAGCAUUGCCACAAAAUUUCCUUACUUGGUUCAGAAGAAACUUAGAGACGGUCAAGAAGUACGGAGGGUGGCACAGCUUGACUGGAAGAUAAUUGAGGAGAGCUGUGACAAGCCAUUUGUUGCUUCGGGACUAAAAUUUGUUCCUUUGCCAGUGAUGCAUGGAGAAGAUUAUAUCUGUUUGGGUUUUCUUUUUGGUGAAAAAUCUAAAGUGGCUUAUAUUUCUGAUGUCUCACGUUUUCCUCCAAACACAGAGUAUGUUAUUUCCAAAACUGGUGGUGGACAAUUGGAUCUUCUGAUAUUGGAUUGUUUAUUCAAGAAAGGAUCCCAUAACGUCCACUUAUGCUUACCUCAGACUCUCAAGGCUGUAAAGAGGAUAUGUCCGAAACGAGCUCUAUUAAUUGGAAUGACUCACGAUUUCGAUCAAAAUGAAGACAAAGAGUUGAUUAUGGAAUUGUCUAAGAGUGAAGGAAUCGACAUCCAAGUCCAACUCGCACACGAUGGUCUGAAGGUCCCCAUAGACCUAUAGUGAGGUUUACAGUAAUGCUGUGAUUUCGGGAGAGAAAAGUUCAUGGUUUUCCAUCCCAUCCAUCUUUUGAUGGGAGAAGAAGAGCAAGUUAUUAUUAAGUUUAGAGUAAAUUCAUUUAUAAGAUUUCGGUAGCUAAUUGGUUUCAAGAGUUUUAUCAUAUACAUAGUAAACGAUGUCGUUCAUCAUUUUUUUUAGAAGUGUUCCUACUUGUUUU